AGACGGCUCCCAGGCUCAGCCUAGUGGCUCCCUGCCAUUGGCUCCGUGCGAUGGAGCGGCAAGGCUGCGCGCUAUUAUAACAGCGCCGCGCGGGCGAGAGGCGGCAGCUCCUCAGACUCCUCCGGCGGAGGCACCGAGAUGCUGAGCAGGACCAGGUUGCCGCUCCUCCUCCUCUGACACACAUUGGGAGAGAGAGGGAGAGGGAGAGGGAGAGGGAGGGAGGUUGUGCGGUCAACGCCUGCCGGCUCCUGCUGCCAUCGCUAACGGGGAAGAGGCAGAGUUGGGCUGCUGCUCCUCCUUCCUUCCUGCCUGCCUGCCUCCCUCUUCUCCAGCAGCCUCUUCUGCUCUCCGGCGCUGCCAGCCCAGCCCUGGGCUCUCCCACAAGCCUCCUCCACCCUCGCCCCCGGGGUGCAUGGGAACCCCGGCCGAGGCGGCUGCCCCAUGGAGUGUUAUUACAUCGUCAUCAGCUCCGCGCACCUCAGCAAUGGGCACUUUCGCAACAUCAAGGGGGUUUUCCGAGGUCCGCUCAGCAAGAACGGCAACAAAACUCUGGAUUAUGCUGAAAAGGAGAAUACGAUAGCCAAGGCACUGGAAGACCUUAAAGCCAACUUCUAUUGUGAACUGUGUGACAAACAGUACUACAAACAUCAAGAGUUUGACAAUCACAUCAACUCUUAUGACCACGCUCAUAAACAGAGACUCAAGGAGCUAAAACAGAGGGAGUUUGCACGAAACGUGGCAUCCAAAUCAAGAAAGGAUGAAAGGAAGCAAGAAAAAGCCCUUCAACGCUUGCACAAGUUAGCUGAACUCAGAAAAGAAGCGGCAUGUGCUCCAGGGAGCGGGCCUAUGUUCAGAUCCACCACAGUUAUGGUCCGAGAUAAUUUGAAUGAAAUCCCUCGACAUGCUUUCAUCGACUCCUCUAAAAAGGAACAAGAGUUCAACUUUGCAUUGUUGCACAGCUCAAAGACUACCAGCAAUGUUACAUCAGUUGCUUCCUUGUCUCUUGCAAACAACAGUAAGCCAGACAUUGACAAGCUGGGAGAUCAAAUGCAAGGACUCCAUGGUCACAAAGUGGGCUUUUCUUUUGCAUUUCCAAAGAAGGCAUCAAUCAAACUUGAAUCAUCAGCAGCUGCUUUCUAUGAAUAUAAUGAUGAAGCAUCCACUGAGCAUGGGCUUUCCCGAAGGAGUCGUUUUCUCCCUGGGCCUUGCAAUCUUCAGGUGUCAUCAGAUGAAGAGCUUGCCCCAUCUUCUGAGGAGAAACAUAGUUCAAUGGCUCCAGUGACAGAAAAGCAUACCGGCCAUACUGAAUUUACCCCCAUACAGGACUCAAAUGAACCAGUCAGUGAAGAGAACACAACAGAAGAAGUCAAGGAAUCAAUAUCCCCUGUUUCUCAUUUGAAAAUAAAUGGACUUGAUGAUUCUGAUAACUUCUGCAUUAACGUGGAUUCAGCUGCUUUGCCUGAUGAAAUACUUGCCAGGGUUUCCUCUGGGACUCCAGGCCUUCCCACAGAAAGCAAUAGAGAUGAACAAGUGGGUGAUGAAUGCACAAGUCUCCCUGCGAAUGAAGAAUGUUUAUCACAGCAUGAUGGCCAGGAAGAAAAUGAUCAGAACAUUAGCAGUGAUUCACCCACCGCUGAAGCUGAAAUUAGAAAGCACUCAUCUGAUGGACUGGUUCCAGCAAAUUCUGAAGGGGAAGCAAUUGCUCUGCCUUGUAAACAAAAUUCACAAAAAAGACCUUUUGAGCCAUUUGUUCCUGUGCUUAACAAACAUGGAUCAAGCAUUCUUCAGUGGCCAUCUGAAAUGUUAAUUUACACGAACACAAAGCCAUCCAUUUCAUAUAGCUGUAAUCCUUUAUGCUUUGAUUUCAGGUCAUCAAAACUGAAUGAAUGCCUCGAGAAAAAUAAACCACAGUCAAAUAUGCCAAAGUCUUCCCAUAAGACUGGAUCAAGCCAGGGCGUAUUUCUAGAUAACACAGAUAAAUCAGUGAAUACUGAUUGUUCAAGUGACUUUCAUACAUACCAAUCCAAUGAAAAACCUGCUGAAAUGGAUAACACUUCAGCCAAUGGUUAUAAUCCUGAAAAAAGCCAAGAUGAAUUAAAUGUGGAUACUUCACAGGUGACUGAGAAGCAAGAAAAUCACCGUAGUCCCCCAAAAUGUAUAAAAGAGGGUUUUUCUGACCAUAAACAACAAAACAAAACUUAUGUUGAAAGAACACAUGAGAAGUGGUUUCAUAAAAACAGGAAGAGGAAAAGAAGGAGAAAACUAUGCCAUCAUUACCAUUAUGAGGAAGUCACACAGGCAAAUCCUGAAAUUUCUCCAGUAUCUGAACAGCAAAAUAAUUCUACUGUUGUUAAACAUCAAAAGGUUCUGGAAGAAUGUGCAGGUGAAAAUGAACAGGGAAGUUCUACUCCAGAUAUGUUGGACCAAACACCCAAAAUGCUUGUGACUGAGAAGAGUGUCUCAACUGGAAACAUAUCUGCAUCCACACAGGACCAUGAGAAUCAAGCUCCACACCCCACCUGGAAUGCAAAGGAUGAUACGGACUGUUGCUCAAGCUCUAACAAUUUGUGGAGAAGGAACAACACAAUUUCUCACAGACAAUCAAUUAAAGCAAGUUUGAAUUCUGGAAGAUAUAGUUCUGUUUACUCUAGAUCAUUUUGCAGCUGGAGUAUCAGAAGAUCCAGUAGUAGCCCAGACUAUAAAGAUUCAAGGCACUAUCCCGAUGAAAAAUAUACAAUGCAAACACAGCCCAUAAAGAGAGCAUAUAAUUCUCUCACGGAUGAGCCAGAGAGAUCGCAUCGAAAAAGAAGACACCAUAUGCACUCUUGCUCAUCAGAUGAAAGUUCCAAUGCAAAAGCCUAUUUUUCAGAAGAGAAUUUGAGGCACACAUGUAACGUAGCAUCACCUAGUAAACCUAAACGGAAAAGAAGGAGAAAGAGAGCAAAGAUUCACCAUAUGUUCAUAGAAAGUGUUUACAGAGACAUUGCGAGGAAUAAUAUCAAGACUCCAAAGGAAGUCUCAGUGUUUAGUGUUUCUCCCAAACAACCAACUGAAGAAUGCACAGAACAGAUAACAAGCCCUUCCAUCCCAGAUUAUGAAAACAAUACAGAAAAAACAAUGCAGCCAUUAGAAAGCCAAACAGACCCACAGCCUGAACAAUCACUUUCAUUAGAAAACACCCAAACAUCAACAUGUUUGGUUGCAGAGAAUGGUCCCCAUCCAGAAGAAUGUGCAUGUUCUGAUUCUCCUGUUAGUGAACAUAAUGUUCUGGAAAGAACAAAAGCCAGAAACAUGUUGGAAGAGGGAGAAAAAAAUGAAAAUGUGAGUGCUCCUGAAAUUCAGGCUCCGAAUAAAGUGCCCAGUCUUGAAAGAAACCUAGGCCAGCCUCCUCCUAAGGCAUAUCUGUGCCACUAUGAAGUAGCUGAGACUGUACCACAAGAAAAACUUAAUCCAUCCUCCAGUGAGUGGUGGCGGUGUAACCCAGGUAUAUUUCAUGCCCCGCCACCAUUGCCCUUUAAAGAAGCACACAUGGACAGCCAUGCUUUCUUAACCACAGAGCAAAUACUUACCCCAUUCACCUUGCCUGAACAUGCACUGCUCUUGCCCCCAGAAAACCAUGACAAAUUCAAAGAUCUGCAUUGUGAAGCUUACCACCAGAUCAUGCACCAAAACUUGCUGGCUAGUAAGAUGAAACUUGCUUUUCCUCCAGCUGCAAUCCAACCUUCAAAUGGCCCUCUUCCACCCUUGCCUUUGCAGCAGCCCCUCUGUUCUACCUCCAUCACAACAAUCCACCACACUGUUUUGCAGCAGCAUGCAGCAGCCGCAGCUGCUGCAGCCGCAGCCAGUACUUUUAAGGUCCUUCAGCCUCACCAGUUUCUUUCCCAAGUCCCAGCUCUUUCACGAACACCUUUACCUCAUUUGUCAGUUGGGCCAAGACUUUGUCCUGCAGGCCACACAGCCAUGGUGGGCCCACCCCAGUUGCCAUUCAUUUCAGCUUCAGUUCUCCAUCCAGGCCAUUUGGCUUUCCCUCCUUUGCCACACACACUCUUUCCUUCUCUCCUUUCACCACACCCAGCUGUUAUUCCAUUGCAGCCUCUCUUUUAGGCCUCAGGUUGAACCAUGCAAAUGAAAAGACGAGUAUUAAAUGGGGGAAAUACACAAAUGCUUUCCAUCAAAAAUGGACAGAAAUCACUAUACUGCUAGAUUAAAACCAAGAGGCUACAUGAACCUCCUGAUCAGCAAGCUAUUUGUUAUUGAUCUAACAAUGCAAAUAUCUAUGUGUAUAGUGCAGAGUCAUAAUAAAACUAAAGCACUGAAUAGUCUAAUAUUAAUGCAAACUACAGAUAUAUAUAUAUAUGUACGUAUGUAUGAAAACAAUGUCUCAAAAUAUGUUAACAUGUAUAUAAAAUAUAUUUAUAGUACUGUAAGUUAUGUUGUAAAGUAUGCUCCUGUUUUUUUAUGAUUAUAUUUGUGUACUUGCACCUAAGUAAUGUUUAGACAAAUCUGAUGCACUACGUUUUGUAUAACAUUCCUUAUAAUCAUAAAUAUAGUAAGAAACUCCCUCUUGCAAUAA